UAAAAAAGCGCAUGAUAGCCAUUGCAGUUAGUCUUUAUAAAAUAUUCAAAGCCUGUAAAAUGCAGUACACUCAACUCCUGAGAGUUUUGUGCUCCAUCGUGAUCAUAUCCUAUAUGGCUGUCCUUGUUCUCGGGGACACGAAAUGCAAUGUGUGUCAGCCAAAUAAUGUCAAGUGCCUGAACGAGACCCACUUUAGUUUUUGCGCGGACGCCGUUCCGUCGGAUCAGGUUAUCCAGUGUCCCGACGGCCAGGUUUGCACCAGCCUCCUGAAGAUCUGCUUUCCCAAGGGAUCGACUGAAGCUUCCUGCACCCCAGAUGCCGAAAUAUCCUGUCCUGCCUGCAGUGGAUCAGGUCUAUUCGUUUGCACCAGCCGCACCACCUUCCAAAUGUGUGAUGAAGGCAAGCUCAUCGGCCAACCAACAAAGUGCAAGGAUAACACUUUCUGCUCCAUUAAGUCGAAUAAAUUUUGUGUGGAUCGGUGUGAAAUAACUAAAUCUGAAAGUGGAUUCGAGUGCGACAGAGAGUCCCCCUUGGAUGUAUAA